ACACUCACUGUCCACACCUGAAGGAGUCGAGAGCUGAAGCUGAGGGAUCAUGGCUAUGAGAUUUGUGGUGUCGUUUGCGGUUGUGGCCGUCUCCAUGGCUGACAGAACUUCUCAUGUCAGCUCCCAUGUCUCUCACAGUGCCUCACAGUCCCAUCCUCAGCCUUCAUACCACCCACAACCUUCCUAUCAACCUCAACCAUCCUAUCAUCCUCAACCAUCCUAUGGUCACCAUGAACCCGCCGUCCCCGCCUGCGCUGCCAACACCACUAAACCCUGGUGCCUCGAGGACACCGAGUACCCCACCUACGAGAUCAAGCACGCUGUAGAUUACCAUUUCUCCAAGGUUAUUGACCUGUACGCUGACGUAGCUGACCUCAACACUGAGCUCUCCGUCGAACGUCCCAACACCCUUGAGGAGGAGACUUAUCUCUGUCCCUCAGAGACUGCCUACGUCAGGCCUCUCCGUGCCCAGAACACCGAUGGCAAGUGGCGCGUCAUUGUCAACAAUAUUGAGACUCAUUACCAAACUCUCACCCAGACCACCCGUGUCGAGGAGUGCCUGACCUCCGGCGACGCCUGCCCCCUGGUUCCUGAGUGUUACGAGUCUAAGUGCCUGCAGAAGUCCAUCUACCACCGCUUCCUCGUCUACGACUCCUAUGAUCAGUACUUCCCUUUCGCUAUCGAGACCUUCAAGCUGCCCGCCAGCUGUGCCUGUCUGCUGGGCGCCUACACCAUCGACCACUAAGGCCAACAGUAAAGCUUCUCGCCCCGAAGAAACAAGAAUCUGGUCUACGUUUCUAUGAAUGUUUUGUGAAUCUUCUUCUCUCACUGUGUAGUAUAUUACAUGGUCGGUGAUUCCCUGUAGCACCCACUCCUCCCUAGUAUGACAAUAACAACAAUACUCUACGUGAAGAAAGCAGUUCUCUAGUCAUCCAAUUUGUCAUACUAAUAGAUAUGUUGUAGGUUAUCAUGAUAUAAGUCUCAGUUACCAUCGCAUAAGACUCAGUGUUAUCACCAUAUAAGACUCAUUAUUAUCACCAUAUAAGAAUAAACAUAUAUAAUUCUUUGUUACAUGAAUUUAAUUGGUUGGUAUAAUAGCUCUUUAUAUAUUUCUUAGUUAUAUGCACAUUAUUGUUUUUAUAU